UACUUCAAAACAUUAUGGCGUCAUGUCUAACGCCACUUGUUGGAAAUGUGCGUUCUCUUGACACGUCGACACGCACAUUUGUGUUCGGAAUUUUCUAACAACGAUAACAGAUGUUAUUCUCAAUAGAUCGAAACUCUAGGCAACAUUCGUCGCAACGUGUCGAGUGAUAUUGUGGCGGGCAGCUCGCGUGUGAUCGAACAUACCGUGACGCUACUUUUUCGACAAAAAUAUCUGACGUAUUUCGCCGAAACAUCUCUGUGAUCCCGCAAAGUUAUGAUUAUGAUGUCGCAAGUCACCCGGUAUCGCGGACGUCAUCGGUGCUUCGGAUAUUGACGGGAUAAACCGAUAAGACAGACGAAGACACCUGAUGACGGUUUCGCGAAACGAUGACGAAUCUGCGAUGUGACACUCUGCUCUGCUCCGUUUUAAUUUUGCUUCCCGUUUUAACGCACGCCAAGGCAGCGCCGCAGGAUAUUUCGAAUGUUCAGCAUCUGCCCGAUGUCAGGUUUAAUCUGAAUGAAUACUCGGAGUAUCCUGACAACGAGGAUCGAGAUAAGGGAUAUCUGGCCCAACCGGACGAACAGCAACACACGAAAGACAAUUUAUAUCUGCGAGCUAACGAUCAGUUCAGUAGAGAGGAGUCGAUAACUGCAGACUUCGACAAGAAUAUAGCAUGGGACGCACACUGGGCCGCGCAACUAAAGCUCACUCAGAUGUCGGCGGUCUCCAUGGAUCCGAAUGGGAAUAUCGCGAUAUUUCAUCGGGGGGAUCGUAUUUGGGGACCUGAUACUUUCGACAACGGAAACAGAUUUGAUCCGAAUAACGGACCAAUAGCGCAAAACACCAUUAUCCUCUUAGACAAAAGUGGCAGAACGAUAUCGGAAUGGGGAAAGGACAUGUUUUACCUUCCGCACGGUCUAACUAUUGAUCAGGCCGGCAAUUACUGGGUUACCGACGUAGCGAUGCAUCAGGUGUUCAAAUUCGACGCUCAGGACGUGGUGAGGCACAUGGAGGAAUCGAAACACGCGCGAUUGAGCUCGCAGACUGGCGCAAGCAACGCGUUGAAACCAUCGAUAACUCUCGGGGAGGCUUUUGUUCCCGGGAACGACGGGAAACGGUUCUGUAAGCCGACAGCCGUCGCUGUACACAGCAACGGUGACUUUUUUGUCAGCGACGGGUACUGCAAUUCCAGAAUAAUCAAGUUCAACAAGAACGGCGAGCGGAUUCUGCACUGGGGACGACAUUGGGGUAUCAGAGAGCCCAUCUACUUGCAGGUACCGCCGCCGAACGCGUUCCUCGUCCCGCACGCUUUGGCACUCGCAAGCGAGCUGGACUACAUUUACGUCGCCGACCGGGAGAACGGUAGGAUAUCGUGUUUCUUCGCCAGCAAUGGGACCUUCCACAAGGAAUACAGCCAUCCCGCAGUCAUCGGCAGAAAGAUUUACAGCGUCGCUUACGCCCGCGAAAGGUUGUAUCUAGUCAACGGACCCGACCCGUUUACGAUUAAUCCGAUACCAGUGCAAGGCUUUGUGCUCGAUAUCUACUCCGGGAAACUGCUGUCAACGUUCGGACCCGAGGAAGCCAUGAACAACCCGCACGAUCUCUACGUGACGGAGGACGGUUCCGAGAUAUACGUAGUAGAAUUGAAUAAUCAUAAAAUCUACAGAUUUCUACAAGCUGUAAAUGAUUCUGCGAAUCUUCAAGACGCACAGUCUGCCAAGCGACAUCGACCCGAGGUCCUAGUGCAUCCUGAUACCAAGGACGUCGACGUCGAGAAGAUCAACGUGACAAAAUUGAUUCUAGGCCUCGGUUCUGCGGCCGUUUUCUUUAUAACGAUAUGCAUCGUGAUCGCUGCCAUUGUAGCAAGGUGCCAGAAAAGAGGUUGCUUACUUACAAUGCGCAAGAGAAUGCGUUGGGAGGCCGAAAGACGGGAGAAUUUCAAGCUGUCCAGCCUGCUGGAGAGUCGCCGGGGAAGGAGCUACAAGUUUUUGGAAAAACGGCCGAACACGCGCGACUUUAGCAAAUUAAACACGGAGCCGGAGACCUCGGAGGACGAGCGGCCCGAAAACAACCUCGCCAAGGUCAUCUAAAACGAAAUUGCGUAACGUCAAGCACUAUUCGCGCCGAUCGUCCACCGAUGUUCGCGCGAUGGGAGCAACCUGACUUCGUAGAUGUUCGCGCCGACGAUUUCCGAGCCGGCCCGAGCGCGACCGACGGUACACGGCGCGAGCACGACAGCGUGCCGCUUUACCGACUACCGAGCGCACGAAGGAUGAAUUGAUUUAAUUACAUUUUGAUUACAUUGAUUGUAAUGCUAUAUAAUUACGUAAUAAUGCAUCCAAGACAGUGACAGACAAAGGGUUUAAAUAAUUAAUAAAAAAAUAGAGAGAGAGAGAGACAGAGAAUAAUAUGUAGAGACUAAAUUGCAUAAACCAAACUUAAAUAUACAAUAAAGUCGA